GACAAACUCCGAACAACUGGCGUUGAAAUUUCCUUUAUUACCCAAAAAAUGACCUCUAAGCGGACGCCUCAUGUUCUCGAUUCUCUCCGCUUUAGGCGCCUUUUCGAAUGCCUCCCUUUCCUUCCCCCUGUAUUUAUAAGCGCUCCUUCGCCUAGAUUUUCAGCCAAACAGAGUCAAAUCCACAGCAACCAAAAAUCCUCAAAAGCUAGAUUCAUGGGAUCGCUUUCUGCCUUGGAUCAGCCGCUGCAAUAUCCGAUUGCUCGGAGAGACGAGUCCGUUGUCGACGACUAUCACGGCGUCAAGAUUUCCGAUCCUUACCGAUGGCUUGAAGAUCCUGAUUCUGCAGAAACAAAGGAGUUUGUGCAGAAACAGGUUGAAUUGUGUGAAUCAGUGCUUAAAAAAUGUAAUACUCGAGAGCAAAUUCGUGAGAGAGUUACAAAGCUCUUUGAUCAUCCACGUUAUGGUGCUCCAUAUAAACGAGGCAAUAAGUAUUUCUACUCUCAUAACUCUGGACUACAAGCGCAAGACGUUAUAUAUGUGCAGGGCAAUUUGGAUGGAGAACCAGAGGUUUUGCUUGAUCCCAAUACACUUAGUGAAGAUGGAACUGUGUCCUUGAACACAAUGUCUGUUAGCGAGGAUGGAAGGUACUUGGCAUAUGGGCUUAGUUCAAGUGGCAGUGAUUGGGUAACCAUCAAAUUAAUGCACGUUGAGGAUAAGACAGUUGAGCCUGAUACUUUAUCAUGGGUCAAGUUUUCCUCUAUUAACUGGACUCAUGAUAACAAAGGCUUUUUCUAUAGUCGCUAUCCAGCUCCCAAGUAAGUAACAAGAUGUUUUGAUCAUAUUUUGCAGUUUCUAUGUCUAAGAAGUUCUGGAAGAAAGUAAGGUGUUGCUUUAUUGUUCUGUUGUAAUGAAAAUUUUAGAAAGUU